GUGCGCGAGUGGUGAUGCUGGAUGGGGGAGCCGCUGCCGCCUGGGCAUUGACAGCCAGACAGCAGAAUGGAGACCAAGUGCUGCAGCCCGUCUCUAUGGUGCUCCAAGUCAGCCUUGUACACAUUCCUGCUAGGAGGAGCAUUUGUUACCUUGGGUUCAAGUCGUAUUCUCCUGAUGAAGUAUUCCGCCAAUGAAGAUAACAAAUACGAUUAUCUUCCUGCAACUGUGAAUGUGUGCUCAGAGCUAGUUAAACUGGUGCUAUGUAUGACAGUGGCACUGUGGAUAACAACAAAAGAGGGACGUUCAUAUAGUGACUUUGGAUGCACCUCAUGGAGGGAGUUUUGUAACUACAUGAAGUGGUCAAUUCCGGCCUUUCUGUACUUUUUGGAUAACCUGAUAGUUUUCUAUGUAUUGUCCUACCUCCAACCAGCCAUGGCUGUAUUAUUCUCAAAUUUUAUCAUUAUAACAACAGCGCUCCUAUUCAGGAUAGUGUUAAAACGGCAGCUCUCCUGGGUGCAGUGGGCAUCUCUACUGAUUUUAUUCCUGUCCAUCAUAGCCCUGACUGCAGGGACCGGAAGCUAUCAGCACAGCUUGGCCACACACGGGUUUCAUCAUGACAUGUUUUUCAGCUCCUCUAAUCGUUGCCUUCAGUACACCAGGCCGGAGGAAGAGUGCUGGGGAGGAGACAACUGUACGGAAACAGGGUUCUUUCCCAGCUUCAAGUGGAAUGUCACUGCUACCACUGCAGGAGCAUUGAAACCUCUCCGCCUUGGCUUGGGCCAUCUGCUGAUAAUAGUGCAGUGUUUCAUCUCUGCUUUGGCCAACAUCUAUAAUGAAAAGAUCCUGAAGGAAGGGGACCAGCUCAAUGAAAGUAUAUUUGUGCAGAACAGCAAGCUAUAUGUCUUCGGGGUGCUGUUCAAUGGGUUGAUGCUGGGCCUGCGCUCUGAGAACCGUUGGCAGAUAGAGUACUGUGGCUUCUUUUAUGGCCACAAUGUGUUCUCUGUAGCUCUCAUUUUUGUCACUGCCUUCCUGGGGCUGUCCGUGGCCUUCAUUCUGAAGUUCCGAGACAACAUGUUCCACGUCCUGACUGCACAGAUCACCACCGUGAUCAUCACCAUUGUGUCCAUUGUCAUCUUUGACUUCAAGCCUUCUCUGGACUUUUUCUUGGAAGCACCUGUGGUGCUUCUUUCCAUAUUUAUCUACAAUGCCAGCAAACAUCAAGGCUUGGAAUAUGCCACUCAGCAGCAGAGGAACAAACUCCUCGGAUGGAGAGGAACUUGAGAGACUGACCAAAGCAAACAGUGACAUUGAUACAGAUGAAGAUGCCUUCUAGCAUGAGCUUGUGCAACUGAGUGCUGGGUAUUCUCCAAGAGAACAGUGUUGGUAUCUUUUUAAACUAUGGGAUAGUCUUUUUUCUAAGUGCAACAGUUAAAACUGUUUGGAUGGUUUUGUGAUUCCAGAGGAUGUGUAUUGUGUUUUUAAGUUGUGCAAAUAAAACACAUCUCCAAGUUCAGAAUAGGGUGUGUCCAGGUUUGGGGCUGGGAUGUCCGAUGAGGAAAAAAUGAGUAAAGCCCAUUGGAUUUCAGAAGUUGACAAGGAAAACUAGAGAAUUAUCAGUUCGAGCCUUAUAUAUUAAGGGUUUUUUUUCCUCUUCUCACACUAGUGUAAAUCAGCAGUUAAUUCCAGUGCAGUCAAUGAUAAACUGAUAAUAAAAGUUAUGAGAGAGAGAAGUUCGGCCCUAGCUUAAUGAUUUGGGUCACAUGGGUGCUGUAUUAUGUAUAGUAAUCCAGAACACUCGGUGUCCUCAAUUGUACGUGUUUGCCUAUCAUACACUAGGGUUGUAUAGGGAUAAUAUUUCUCACUGGUGAAGGGCCUGAUCCUGUAAACCUCAGAUCCAUGAUCCUGACUCAGUUGAGAAUAGUCCCAUUGAAUGGGCCCCUAACAUUUGUAAAGUGCUUUAAAGAUAUGAAGUGUUAUAUAAGUGCUAGGUAUUCUUAUUUCCAGGGCUACAUGUUCAUUGGUAUCAUGCACCCUUCUGCAAUUUGAUUAAGGGAUGAUUCCACAGCUGCAGAAUGAGUUUCCUCAUUUCUGCAGUGAUUUGCAGGCACUGCUGCUCCUAUGUGUCCUGUGGAACAUUACACCCAAUUAUAAAUAUGUUCUGUUUGUUUGGUAACGUGAUUAGUGUUGCACAGUGGCAGAGAAGCUUUCUUGAUAUUCAGAAUACAAGCUUUUAAAUAAACAGAGGGUUCAUAUACUUUCCUUUGGGGAAGUAAUUUCAUUCUUACUCUACCUGGAAUUGCAGUUUGCCCAUCACAAGACAUCAGGGAUUUUCAUUCUAGUUCACUAUAAAAGUAGUUACCUUAUGUCCAAAUUCACUGUAAGUGCAUUUCACCAUAUCUGUAAAUACAGUGUUUUAAAUCUAAAAAGAUAAACUUGACCCAAAAUUUAGAUUUUUGUAAAAAGCUUAAAAAAAAACAACCCUAAGAAAUAUUUCUGUAGUCUUAAAAAAAUCAGAUUAGUAGGUUCUGUUUAGAUCAACAUUUUUCUGCAUUGUUUGCAGCUCAGAUGCUACAAAACUGCGCUAGUGUGUGGGGUGGUCUAGAUCAGUGGUCUCCAAACUUUUUUGAUCGCGCACCCCUAUCAGUAAAACAAUU